GGGGUAGGUACCCGGUGGCAGAAUGAAAGUGGGCGUGCAUUUGAGUUCCAGUUUCCCGAGCCUUCUCGCAGACAAUCCGACCGAUUCCGCUCCCGACAUCGAGGUCUUGUAACGCCCGCCGGGGCGCGAUGCGAGUCCCAUGUCCGCCCACACAGCUCUGCGGUUGGCCGUGCGCCCAUUGAAGCGAGCGACGCUGUUAGAUCAAAUCGCCACCACUGCAGCGCAAAAGCCCCUCCGGCAGCGGCCGCGCUCGCAACUAUUAUUAUGCCUGUGUUGCAGCAUCGCCGUCGGCCCCGAGUCCAAUCCCGCUCGGACUCGCUUCUUCUCGACCGCCCCUCCCCCGCCGCGCAACCUGCCUCCGAGUCUUGAAAGUAUCGUUAGCCGCAAGCCAGAGCCGGAAUCGACCGCCGCCAAAGAUGCGUCCCCCGCAGCUUCUUCAUCCUCAUCACCACCAUCCGAACCAUCAGAUCAGCCGCUGCAGCCCGAUUCGGAACACUCCGCACCCUCUUCCUCCUCUUCCUCCUCUUCCUCCUCUUCCUCCUCUUCCUCCUCUUCCUCCUCUUCCUCCUCUUCCUCGGAACCAACCGCUUCAGUGCAGCCCUCCAGACCCGAAUCGAAGGAGCCCCCAGGUGACUCGGCCCCCCCGGAGCCCGAGCCCGAAUCCCGCUCUCAGGACUCGUCCCUCCCUUCCUUCACCGAGACUCACCGCCACCCGCUCUCGGCCCGCUUCAGCACCUUCAUGGACAACCUGCAGGGCCGCGUCCUGACCGCGACCCAGACGAUCAACGACCUGACGGGCUACUCGGCCAUCGAGGCGAUCAAGAAGCGCAACGGCGAGCUCGAGAGGGAGCACGCGGCCGCGCAGCAGCGCCUGCGCGCCGCGCGGCACAACUACAAGUCGCUCACGACCCACCGCGCCGCCACCCAGCGCGAGGUCACCGCGCUGCUCGCCCGCAAGGACACGUGGACCCCGGCCGACCUCGAGCGCUUCACGACCCUGUACCGGUCCGACCACGAGCUCGAGGCCCAGGUCGGCGCCGCCGCCGCCGAGCUGACCGAGGCCGAGGCCGACGAGGCCCGCCUCAGCGGCGAGCUCAACGCCGGCAUCCUCAAGCGCUACCACGAGGAGCAGAUCUGGAGCGACCGCAUCCGCCGCCAGUCCACCUGGGGUACCUGGGGCCUCAUGGGCGUCAACGUCGUCCUGUUCUUGGUCCUGCAGUUCGUCGCCGAGCCCUGGCGCCGCAGGAGGUUGGUCAACGGCAUCGCCGAGCGCGAGAAGGGCUUCAUGGACGAGGUCAGGAGGGAGUUGGUGGAGCUCAAGGCCGCGUCCCAAACCGCCGCCGCGGCGGCGACGGAUGCUGCUGCUGCUGCUGCUGCUCUUACGGCGCCCGCUGCGGGGUCCGGCGAGGGUGCUGCUGCUGCCCACGCAUCUGGUGCGCAGGGAGUUGGAAGUGCAGCCCGGGAUGGCCCGGACGUGGCCGUGCCCGUGGAGCGGGAAGACUGGCGUCUCCCGAGGAAACCGUGGAAGGAGGUGCUUAUGGACUUUUGGGAGGACCCUGAACUGCUCAGGGAGGCUGUGCUGGAUCUGACCAGCGACCGCAGGAUAGACUUGCGGAUGCGCGACGCGUCGCUUAUCGCGCUGCAGGGAGCGGCAGCUGGGGCGACGCUAGCAGUGGUGCUUGCUGUUUCCAUACUGCGCAGCACAUGAUUCUCCCUCCGCUCACCAUGUUGUACUCGUACCACUGACCUGUAAAUAUAGAACCUUUCUAAUGUGCUAACAUCCAAGACGAUAGAUAGAUUUCGCAUGAGGUACAAGUCUAUUAUCAACAUGUCC